GUCAGAGCUUUCUGUGGGUGUUUUGUGCAGUGUCAGUGAAUUUACAGAAAUUCUGUGCUGGCUGCCAAGGGGAAGAGCUGCACCUCAGGGAUGGGCCUGAGCCCAAGGUCUAAGAGAGGAUAAACUGAGAAGGUGAGAGCAGAAGGUGGUUGAGGAGAGAGGAAAAGAGAUAGGAAGGUGUUAACAGCUCAGAAAAAUCAAAGUGUGCUUUUAAAAUGAAGCAGGAAAGUCAACAUGAGGGAGGCUCCCAUCAGGAAUCCCCAACCUCAGAGUGCUGGAUUGAAAUGACUCCUGAAGGUCAUGUCAGAUGACAACACCCUGCACGGGCCGGUUUUCCUCCAGGAGCCCAACAGCCUCAUCUUCCCCUUGGACUCGGAGGAGAAGAAAGUGAAGCUGAGCUGUGAAGUGAAAGGAAACCCCAGACCAACCAUUGGGUGGAAGUUGAAUGGCAGCAGCAUCGAGGUGGGCAGGGAUUACCGCUACAGCCUGCUGGAGGGCAGCCUGCUGAUCAGCAACCCCAGCCACAGCCAGGACGCCGGCACCUACCAGUGUGUGGCCACAAACCCCUUCGGCACCAUCGUCAGCAGAGAGGCACAGCUGCAGUUUGCCUACCUUGAGAGCUUCAAGACGCGGACGAGGAGCACGGUGUCGGUGCGCCAGGGCCAGGGCAUGGUGCUGCUCUGCGGGCCCCCGCCCCACGCCGGCGAGCUCACCUACGCCUGGAUCUUCAACGAGUACCCCAGCUUCGUGCAGCAGGACAGCCGGCGCUUCGUGUCGCAGGAGACGGGCAACCUGUACAUCGCCAAGGUGGAGAGCUCGGACGCGGGCAACUACACCUGCGUGGUGACCAACACCGUGACCAGCGGCCGCGUGCUGGGGCCGCCCACGCCCCUGGUGCUCAGGAACGACGGGGUGAUGGGAGAGUAUGAGCCCAAAAUAGAAGUGCAGUUCCCAGAAACGGUUCCAUCUGCGAAAGGAACCACGGUGAAACUGGAGUGCUUUGCCUUGGGCAACCCAGUGCCCACCAUCAGCUGGAGGCGGGCGGACGGGAAGCAGCUGCCCAGGAAGGCGCGGCGGCACCGCUCCAGCGCGCUCCUGGAGAUCCCCAACUUCCAGCAGGAGGACGCCGGCCCCUACGAGUGCCUGGCUGAAAACGUCAGGGGGAGGAACGUGGCACGAGGACAGCUGACGUUUUAUGCCCGGCCCAGCUGGACCCAGCGCAUCGGCGACGUGCGUGCGGCCCUGGAGGAGCGCGUGUCCUGGGAGUGCCGCGCCAGCGGCCGCCCCAAGCCCUCCUACCGCUGGCUCAAGGACGGGGAGCCCCUGCUGCCGCAGGGCAGGGUGCAGCUGGAGCAGGGCUCCCUCACCAUCCCCAACGUCAGCCUGUCGGACGCGGGGAUGUACCAGUGCGUGGCCGAGAACAGGCACGGCGCCAUCCUGGCCAGCGCGGAGCUCAGCGUCGUCGCCAUCGGUCCAGACUUUUCCAAAACUCUGCUGAAGAAGUUAACUCUUGUUAAAGUGGGUGGUGAAGUCAUCAUUGAGUGCAAGCCCAAAGCCUCCCCCAGACCUACUUAUUCUUGGAAGAAAGGAAAAGACAUCCUAAGAGAGAAUGAGAGAAUCACAGUUUUGGAUGACGGGAGCCUGCGCAUCGUCAACGUCACCAAAUCGGACGCGGGGAGCUACACCUGCGUGGCCACCAACCACUUUGGGACAGCCAGCAGCACGGGCAGCCUGCUGGUCAAAGAUCCAACCCGGGUCAUGGUGUCCCCUUUCAGCAUGGAUGUCACAGUUGGGGAGAGCAUUGUCCUGCCUUGCCAGGUGUCCCACGACCACUCCCUGGACAUUGUGUUCACCUGGACGUUCAAUGGGCACCUGAUAGACUUUGAGAAGGAUGGGGAUCACUUUGAAAGGGUUGGAGGACAGGAUUCAGCUGGUGAUUUGAUGAUCAGGAGCAUCCAGCUGAAGCACGCAGGGAAAUACGUCUGCAUGGUGCAAACAAGUGUGGACAAGCUCUCAGCUGCUGCAGACCUGAUUGUAAGAGGUCCCCCAGGUCCCCCUGAGGCUGUGACCAUCGAUGAGGUCACUGACACCACGGCCCAGCUGUCCUGGAGGCCGGGGGCAGACAACCACAGCCCCAUCACCAUGUACGUGGUGCAGGCACGCACGCCCUUCUCGGUGGGCUGGCAGGCAGUGAGCACAGUGCCCGAGGUGAUCGACGGCAGGACGCUCACGGCCACGGUGGUGGGGCUGAACCCCUGGGUGGAGUACGAGUUCCGAGUGGUGGCUGCCAACCUGAUCGGCAUCGGGGAGCCCAGCAGCCCCUCGGAGAGGAGGAGGACUGAGGAGGCUCUCCCUGAGGUGACCCCAGCUAAUGUCAGUGGAGGUGGAGGCAGCAAGUCUGAGCUGGUCAUUACCUGGGAGACGGUGCCCGAGGAGCUGCAGAACGGGGGUGGCUUUGGCUACGUGGUGGCGUUCCGGCCGCUGGGCACGGUCAGCUGGAUGCAGACGGUGGUGGCCUCGCCCGACGCCGCGCGCUACGUGUUCCGCAACGAGAGCCUGCCGCCCUUCUCGCCCUACGAGGUCAAGGUGGGCGUCUACAACAACAAGGGCGAAGGCUCCUUCAGCCCCGUCACCGUCGUCUACUCGGCGGAGGAAGAGCCAACGAGAGCCCCAACCACUGUUUUGGCAAGAAGCCUUUCUGCCUCAGACGUCGAAGUUUCUUGGGCUCCCCCGUGGGAGAACCAGCACAAAGGAAGAAUACAGGGAUAUGAGGUGCGCUGCUGGCGGCACGACGAGAAGGAGGAGAACGCCAAAAGGAUCCGGACGGUGGGGAACCAAACUUCCACCAGAGUCAGCAACCUGAGGGGCAAUGCCCUCUACCACCUGGCAGUCAGGGCGUACAACACGGCUGGCACCGGCCCCUCCAGCGCCGCCGUCAACGUCACCACCAGAAAGCCACCACCGAGUCAGCCCCCCGGGAACAUCGUGUGGAAUUCAUCCGACUCCAAGAUCAUCCUGAACUGGGACCAGGUGAAAGCCUUGGACAACGAGUCAGAAGUGAGAGGCUACAAAGUUUUGUACAGGUGGAACAGGCAGGGCAGCACAUCUGUCAUAGAGACAAACAAAACCUCCGUGGAGCUGUCCCUGCCCUUUGAGGAGGAUUACAUCAUCGAGAUCAAACCCUUCAGCGACGGCGGCGACGGCAGCAGCAGCGAGCAAAUCCGAAUCCCAAAGAUAUCCAAUGCCUACGCCAGAGGCUCGGGCUCGUCGACCUCCAGCGCCUGCACCCUGUCAGCCCUCAGCACAAUCAUGAUCUCCCUCACAGCCCGCUCCAGUUUAUGACAACAAUGACAUCCAGGACUUCUUCUUUACAAUAUAAGCAACAUUUAGCUAGUUGUUUUGGAGACACCCAGUACUAAGUAAUAUUGUGGUUUGAGUACAUCUUACUACUGAAAAAAAAAAAUGUUUAUGCUUCUUUAGGAAUGGCAUUAUACAGUACUUCCUCAAAGCAAAUAUAGCUUUGUCUGAAGUUUCCUUGGAAACUCUGCAAUGCACUGAAAACAUCUGUAAUAUGA